AUGGCUGCACAAGCGCUUGACUUCUCCGACGAUCUCGUACAAUUGAAAGUGGAUGCUGUGCGUGCUACGUUCAAUGUCAACAAAAAAGUACUCUCCGCAUCUUCUAGGUUUUUGCAAGCUGCGCUCAAGAGAGAGUGGGCUGCCUCCCGAUCAGAACCAAACAUCGAUCUCUCGGAUAAUAAAGGCGUGAUCAUGCUGGUCCCACCUUACAUUUUCGGAGAGAAGAUUAUGGACAUCAAGUACAAGGACGUAGUGCUCCAGAAGAUCAUGGGCGAGAGGAUCCCAACAAGGGAGAUCGCGGCAGUUGCAAAUCAAAUCUACGGGGGCAGCACUCCGUCUUCACCUGCACGACGUCUGAUGGCCGACAUGGUUGCGGAUCUCGCUCAAAAGGGUGACGAAUGGAACUUCGUCAUCGAGAGACUCAACAAAUAG